AUGGCCUCCCGACCCCGUGUCCUCGUCUUCGGCACCGGUAGUGUCGGCGCCGUCUACGCCUGGAUCCUCUCCCGUGCCGUCACCCCUGCCAACGUCUACUGCAUUUGCCGCUCGAACUACACCAUUGCGUCCACCAACGGCUUCACCAUCAACAGCACCAUCUUCGGGCAAAACCUCAACCUGAAACCCAACGUGUCGCGCACCGUCGAUGAAGCCGUGUCCCUCCUGCCUCCAGGCGAACAGUUCGACUACGUCGUCGUCACGGCAAAAGCCAUCCCCAGCACACCGAGUAUAGCCGAGCAACUCGGCCCCGCGAUCGGACCCAAGACAACCAUCGCGGUGAUCCAGAACGGAAUCGCAAUAGAAGAACCCUACGCGGCGCUCUAUCCAACCAACCCGUUGCUGUCCUGCGUAGUCUACCUCCCCGCCACGCAAGUCGCCCCAGGCGUCGUCGUCCACAAAGAAAUCGACCUCCUCCACAUCGGCACGUACCCGUCCAACUCGCCGACGCAUCAACCCGCUGCCGAGUCGUUCUCCGCGCUGCUCAACCGGGGCGGCGGCCGCACCCAAGUCCACGGCGACGUCCAGCCUGAACGCUUCAGCAAACUGCUCAUCAACGCCGCGUGGAACCCGGUCUGCGCGCUCUCCCUCUCCCGCGACGGCGAGUUCUUGCACGCCUCGCCCCCCGAGAUCUCCCUGAAUCUCAUCAAAUCCCUCAUGCUCGAGAUCUCGCACGUCGCCCAGGCGUGCGGCUACGCGAGCAUCGACGCCGAGACGGUCGAGUACCAGAUCAACCGCGCCAGAGUCCGCGAGUUGCCCGGUGUCGAGCCGAGCAUGCUCGCCGACGCAAAGGUCCACGCGAGAAUGGAAGUCGAUGCCAUCGUGGGCAACGCUGUCAGACUCGCGGAGACCAAGGGCGUGGAAACGCCGCUCCUCCGAGGGAUAUAUGCGCUUGUCAAAGCUUUGGAUCUGAGUUUCGCCAGGGAGCGAGAAGGGAGGUCGACAGGGCUCAACGGGGAAAGUAAGAUGUGA